UUCCGAGGUUAACCGAGCAGGAUCAAAGUGACGUACGUCAGUCAGUGUGGGCCGAUCCGCGAUACGUCUGUCGAUUUCACGGAGUUUCUUGGACGUGUUUCUCGCGGAAGGAGGCUACCGUUUCUCGGUAAAGAAUCAUGAAUUCGAUCGUUUAAGCUCGCGCCGAUGCGCUACAGAAAAUCCAAGAGACGACUAGACAUUUUUUGCGCUCGCAUGCCUUGCAAAAAGGAAAAACCAUUGGUUCCUAUACAUUCGUGUUCGCGCCCCGAUCAAUCUUCAAGAUCACAAUUCCCCCUGCGCGCUUAUCUUCUUAAUUGGGUCUUAUUGUUGGUAGGAUAAACGCUAAAUUGAUAGCGUACAGCCUGUUCUUUUGUCUCAAGAUACAGCUCGCUUACUUGACUACGGGUGUAAAAUUAUGGCAAAUACUCAAACUCCGGGUAUGGAUCCCUGGAUGAUUCAACCAAGAGAACGGACUAAAUAUCAAGAACAAUUUGAUUCUUUAAGGCCAAUCAAUGGGAUUAUUACUGGGGAACAAGCUAAAGGUCUUCUCUUAAGAUCGCAACUUCCUUCUGUUGUUCUUGGACAAAUAUGGGCACUAUCGGAUACGGAUGCAGAUGGAAAGAUGGACAUAAAUGAGUUUUGCAUUGCUUGUAAAUUGAUCACUCUAAAACUACGAGGAUUUGAAAUUCCUAAAACAUUACCUCCAUCUCUUAUUCAAAGUUUAAAAUCUGUUUCCACCACAGGCAAUAAUGCAAUUGGCUUAACUAAUGGUGCAGCUACUAUACCAACCCAAAAUAACAUUGCUUCCCUAGUUAAUUUGGGUGGCACUGGAGGUGUAUCAGUGCAACCAUUAGUCGGCAUGGUACCAGUUAGUACUCCUCCGGCACGUCCUUUGAUAGGUCCGCCAUCCAAUGGAACAACAGGACGUCCAGCUACACCUGCAUCACCCAUGACUUUACCAGCAUCGCGACAAAAUAGACAGAAUGUGGCCACCAAUAUACAUGCCACAACUCACACACCAUCAAAGCCACCUGCUCGACCUGCACCACCCUCUGUGGGAAUCGUGCCUUCCACAAGUACACCAAGCACUGGUCCACCUCAAAGACCAACACCACCUUCUAGUAUUGGAACUAAUUUUGCAACUGCCACAAAUGUUCCACCACCACCAAAGCCAGCACCACCUUCAUUUCCAAAUAGUCCAGUUGCUGCAAUGUCUCCAGCCAAAGUUCUACCGACUGCUGCUACAGCUAUUAUACCUCCUAUUCAAUCAAUUCAACAAAUGCAGCCAAUGACGACUUCUGCUAUAGAUUUACUCGAUCUUGAUUUAUCAGAAGGUGCCCCAGCAGUAGCUCCAAUUGCACCUUUAAAUACGAAUCCAACACCAAUUGCUGCCUUUGGUAUGGGACAAACAAUGCCAAUGCAACCACUCUGUACUGGCAUGGUUGCUCCAAUGACAGGAGGGAGUACUAUUAUACCAUCCAUUGCUCCAAUGGCUACUGGUACAGGUGUUGUUGUAUCGACAUCUCCAGUUGUAGGUCUGCCAUUAGUAUCUUCAACAACAAGUGGUGUGCCACCAGUAAAUGGUACAACUGUUCAUACACCAGUAUCCACAUGUACACCAUUAAGUACAACUGCUAGACCACCAAGUAUAGAUAGAGUGGGUUCUGUAGAUUCUCAGCAUAGUCAACAUUCAGUUGGAUCUCCACAAUCUAUAGAAUGGGCUGUACCUCAUCAAACAAAAUUAAAAUAUACUCAAUUAUUUAAUACCUGGGAUAGGACAAGAUCUGGAUUUUUGUCUGGGCCUCAAGCCAGGAACAUAAUGGUGCAGUCACAAUUACCUCAAUCAAUACUAGCACGUAUAUGGUCAUUAGCAGAUAUGGAUUCCGAUGGUCGCUUAGGUUGUGACGAAUUUGUAUUGGCAAUGCAUUUAUGUGAUUUAGCUAAAGCAGGUGAACAAAUUCCCAAUACUCUUCCAUUGGAACUUAUUCCUCCCACAUUUAGACGACAACGUCAAGGUAGCUUGACACAAUCACAAGGUUCUAUAGAAAGUGUCGAUCCAUCUGCUGGUAUGCCACAGACUUCAUUUGAAGACAAACGAAAGGAGAACUUUGAAAAAGGACAAGCAGAACUAGAACGUAGACGUAAAGCUCUUUUAGAAAUUCAGCGAAAAGAACAAGAGGAACGUGAACGAAAAGAGAGGGAAGAAGCAGAAAAACAAGAAAAGAUUAAAAUGGAGCAAGAAAGACGUCGACAAGCGGAAAUUGAGAAACAAAUGUUAAGGCAAAAAGAAAUCGAACAAGAAAAGGAAGAACAACGAAAACGUGCUCAUGAACAGAGAGAAGCUGCAAGAAAAGAAAUGGAGAGACAAAGACACUUAGAAUGGGAAAAACAGAAAUCGCAGGAACUUCAAGCACAGAGACAAAAAGAACAAGAUGUUUUACUUAAAUUAAAAGCAAAGAACCAAACUUUAACUAUAGAGCUUGGAACAUUGAAUGAUAAAGUGAAAGAAUUAUCGCAAAAGAUUUGUGAUACUCGGGUUGGUGUCUCAAGUGUAAAAACAACAAUCGAUGGAAUGAGAUCAACUCGCGAUUCACAAUUGCAAGAAAUGACAGCGUUAAAAAAUAAACUUCGUGAACAAAAUCAAAGGUUACUAGCACUUAGUCAAGAAAAAGCAAGAAUAGAAGCAAAGAAUAAACUAAAUGCUGCUCAAGAUACUGCAGGACAGGAAGCAAUAAAAAUGGCAUUCGAUAAUAAACAAAUAACUCUCAAGCAAAUGAAAGAUAAAAUUGCCGAUUUGCAACAACAGAUUGAUGCUAAAAUGUCUGAUAUAGAAAAUAAUAAUGGUCAACUUGAAGAUAUAAAAACGCAAAUGAAAAAUUUAGUAGCAGAUUGUAAAAAAUUAUACGUUACAUUUGAGGACAAGAAAACAAAAAUUUUAGAACUUAGAGCAAGUAUUGGAACAGGUGUUGCAACAGAUUAUACAACAUCAGCAUGGGGUGACAGUGCUUGGGGCGACACUGGAACUACGAUUAAUGACAAUGAUUGGCCUGUCAACGAUACCGCUAUUAUUACGAAUAUAACAGAAAAGCCUAAUGCGGAAGUUAUGAAAUACAGAGCAUUAUAUGAAUUUGUAGCAAGGAAUCAAGACGAAAUAUCAUUUCAACCUGGUGAUAUUAUUUUGGUACCACCUGUUCAAAAUGCAGAACCUGGAUGGAUGGCUGGUGAAAUACGUGGUCAUACUGGUUGGUUCCCGGAAUCGUAUGUCGAACCAAUAGAUUCUAAUGCUAGUACUGACAGCACAUUUAUGCAGCAGGAUAGCAUGGAAAAACGAACAUUAGAAGGUAUUGCUGAAGUUCCCGAAAAUGUAUCUGAUGCAGGAUCUCUCGGUGGUGAAGCUCCUACAGUUGAAACUAUAGUACCAACCUUAGGAUUAGGUGUUGUCUGUAAUAUACAAGCAACUGCUUUAUAUCAGUAUCGUCCUACUACAGAACAACAUCUUUCUUUAGAUAAAGGAGAUGCUAUUAAUGUCAUUGAGCAACAGAAUGAUUGGUGGUAUGGUGAAUUAAGUAAUGGAAGUAAAGGUUGGUUCCCUAAAUCGUAUGUGAAAGAAACUACCACUAAUGGUAAAGAUCUUAUUGCUUCUGUGGAUGAUGGUCUCAAUGAAUAUUAUGUUGCACUUUACCAAUAUGCUUCAACUGAAACUGGUGAUCUUAGUUUUAAUCAAGGUGAAGUUAUUUUAGUCAUCAAAAAAGAAGGAGAUUGGUGGACAGGAUGCAUAGGAGACAAAACUGGAAUUUUUCCUUCCAAUUAUGUAGAGAAAUGUGAUGCACCUACUCAGGAUAUUCCUUUGUCUACUAAUGCUAUUGAACAAAAUACCACUCUAAUUACUAAUGCAAUAGAAAGUCAAGAAGAUAAAACUGUUACCACGACGCAAACGCCAUCACAAUUGGAAAAAACUGCAGAACAGCUCGAAGAUGAGAGAGCAGCUGCAGAAGAUAAAGCAGAAUUACCUGACUUCACUGCUAUGUCUGCUCAACAGUAUCAUAAGAGAGGAAGAAAGCCUGAAAUUGUACAAGUUAUUGCACCCUAUCAAGCUACUAGUGCUGAACAGUUAGAUUUACAAAGAGGACAAUUAAUAAUGAUACGUAAAAAGACGGAUAGUGGAUGGUGGGAAGGAGAACUUCAGGCACGUGGAAAAAAGAGACAAAUUGGUUGGUUCCCAGCAUCUUAUGUUAAACCCUUAACUAGUAGCAGUAACAGAAGUACACCUGUUUCUCACGGAUAUCAAGAUUCACCAACGGAUCCAAAUGUUGAACGUGUUAUGGCUCUGUAUCCAUACCAAGCACAAAAUGAAGAUGAGUUAACGUUUGAGAAAGGUGAUGUUAUAACAGUGCUUGCCAAAGAUGAAGCAACAUGGUGGAAAGGCGAAUUGAAUGGAGUUUCUGGAGUCUUUCCUAGCAAUUAUGUCUCUCCAAUGUCAAGUAAGCUGACAACUGAACUAUUGAUGGCAAGGCUUGAUCCAAUGGAGAGAAAACGUCAAGAGUAUAUAAAAGAACUUAUUACAACUGAACAAGCAUAUAUAGAAGACAUGAGGCUAGUACAUGAGGUAUUUGAGAAACCUCUUAUUGAAAGUCUAGUUUUAACUUUAGAUGAGGUGGAUAAAAUCUUUGUAAACUGGAGAGAUAUUAUAGCCUGUAAUGAUAAUUUUUUAAGAACUUUAAGAAUAAGAAGAGAAAACAGUGAAGGUGGAAUUGUUAGAAUGAUUGGCGAUAUUUUAUGUGAAAAUAUACCGAGAAUGUCAGCUUAUAUAAGAUUUUGUAGUUGUCAAAUAUCUGCUGCUGUAUAUCUUCAACGAUUAACAGAAACUUUACCAGAAUUUGUUGAAGUUGCACAUGCUUGUCAGCAAGAUCCAAGGACGAAAGGAAUGCCACUUAGUUCAUUUUUGAUUAAACCUAUGCAAAGGAUUACCAAAUAUCCACUUAUUAUUAAUAAAAUUUUAGAACACACGCCACAUGAUCAUCCAGAUAGACAAUAUCUUCAAGAAGCAUUAGCCAAAGCAGAAGAGUUUUGUACACAAGUAAAUGAAGGUGUGAGGGAAAAAGAAAAUAGUGAUAGACUAGAAUGGUUGCAAAAUCAUGUCGUAUGUGAUGGUCUUGAAGAACCACUUGUAUUUAAUUCUUUAACCAAUUCACUAGGACCAAGAAAAUUAUUACAUUAUGGUAUUCUUCAUAAGGCCAAAAGUGGAAAAGAACUUGUUAGUUUUCUAACAAACGAUUUUUUAUUAUUUGCGCAACCGACGAAAUCUUUGCCAAGUGGACAACAAUUUUCGUUUGAACGUAACGAACAUCAACGAUUUAAAAUGUAUAGGAAGCCGAUAUUUCUUAAUGAAUUAUCAUUGCUAUCCGAUUUAGAUACAAGUGGAAGUGGAAGUGGAAGUAUAAAUGGAUUUGAAAUCUCAGAUAAUACAUCCAAAACUUUGAGACUUAGAGAUUCAAAAAAGCCAAUAAUAUUGGUGGUACCAUCCGCGAGUGAAUGUUCAUUAUGGAUGAAAAGAAUUACAGAAGCACGCAAAACAUUUAUGGAAAAUGAGAAGACUCGUUUACAGAGACAGCGAUCUAAGCAGGCGCAAUUUGGAGCAUGUGGACGCAUUCUUGUUACUGUGUUUGAAGGCUCCAACUUAAAAGCACCAUCUGGAAAAUGUAAUACAUUCUGCAAAGUUUCAAUGGGAUCCCAAGAAGAGAGAACUAGUGUUGUUUCAGGGACAGAUUGUCCUUUAUGGGAUACAUCUAUGCAGUUUCAAGUCAAGGAUUUACUCGAAGAUACUCUUUGUAUUACAGUAUUUGAUAAAGGCUAUUACAGUCCUGAUGAAUUUUUGGGCCGUGCAGAGAUUAAGGUAGUUGAUAUUAUGAGAGACAGUAAAGAUUCUUGUGGACCUAUUCUACAACGAUUCAGGUUACGAGAAGUCGAAAGAGGUGACGUUAUAUUAAAAUUAGAUCUUCGUUUAUUCGGUAGUAGAUAAAAGGUAAACAAUCAUUUUUCAUUAUUUUUAAAUAUAAUAAUAUAUUUUUUAUUGACCAACAUGUAUAAAUUUAUGACGUUUAAAAGCACUCACUGCCAGAAAGACUAACUUUUAAAUGAAUUGUUAUCUUUGCGAAAAAAUGUGUUUCUAAAGAUUAAUCAAAACGUUUUUCCAUAAGGAAUAAAUGUAUCAAUAUUUUUGAUCAUUAAUAAUAGACCAUAAACAAAUUUCUAUCGUAAUAUUUUAUAUCUAAUAUUUUUAAUGACAAUGUGAUAUACGAGAAUUAAAGAUAGUUUAAUAAUUUGCAAUAGGGAAUCGAUAUAACAUUAGAAUUAUGAAAAUAUUUUGACUUUUGUGUACAAAAGAUUAAUUCCUAUUUUUAUGUAAUCAUUUAUACAACAAAAUCAAAGAGUAAUCAAAAAUUGUUGAACUACUCUCCUUCAUUUUUUUUUUUUUUUUUUUUUUUUUUUUAUGAAACGUGAAGAUUUUUCCAGCGGAUUAACAUAUGUUCAGUAUUAUAUAAAUAUUAUAGAAUGCGUGUUACAAGUAAGGUUCAUAUGAUAUGUAUGUGUGUG